GUUUGUAGUAAAAAGUUGUCUGCUACAAAAUUUAUUGAAAAAUAAAUAAAUAAGGAUACACAUUGAAAUAAACAGGAUUUGUAAGUAAAAUGUCUGAAAACACAUAUGGUUUCAAUAUUGUUUGGGAUGAUUUAAGUGAAGAACAAGUUAAACCAGUUGAAAUGACUUAUGAACAGUUUAAAAACGAAUUUGGUUUUGAUGCAGCUGAAAUUGUUGAUGAGUUUACACCUUGUGCAGAUCCCAUGCUCAAUAACUUAGCAGUUGGCCAACCUUUAAUUAAUGAUCAAAGUUUUGAAACAAAUGAAACUCCAAAUUCCAGUCUUGAAAGUCCCUUGGUUCAAAAUGAAUUUAAAGACAUAAAUGUUUCUGAUGUUCAACAAUUCAUCAAAAAUGAAGAAAAUAAAAACACGGCCAAAAAAACUUUGAACGACACCAACAAGUUCAAACGUUUCCUUGCAUCGCGUGGCGAAUACAGAGAAAUGCACCAUAUUGAAGUUGAUGUUCUUGACGACUACAUUUCCACCUUCAUAUUAUCACUUCAAAAAUCCAAUAGCACCGAGUAUGAGCCCACUAGUAUUCGAGGCAUCCUUGGCAGUCUUGACAGAAAACUGAAGAGGCAUCGUUUUCCAUACUCGAUAAUGGCUGGCAGUGGGCCCCAAUUUUCUCUGACUAGACAGACCUAUAAUGCCAAGAAAAAAAGCUUAAAGAAACAGGGUAAAGGGAACAGGCCAUGUGAAGCAGCACCACUAACCGAUGGAGAGCUUGAAGUCAUGUGGCAGAAAGGUGUCCUUGGAUCUCACAGCCCAACAGCGCUGGUGAACACUCUUUGGCUCAACAACUGUCUGCACUUUGGCCUAAGAGGCACUAAAGAGCAGUACAAUCUGAGAUGGGGUGACAUUACAUUGAAAGCUGCUGUUGAUGGAACAGAAUAUUUGGACUAUAACGAACGGCAGACAAAAACCAGAACGGGUGAAAAUGUGGCAGAUGUGCGAAGAGUGACACCUAAGAUGUUUUCAACUGGAAAAAAUGAUUUGAGAAACCCUGUUGAAAUUUAUAAACUGUAUUCGCAGAAGCGGCCCACUGGUUUUUCGGGACCCGAAGACCCUUUCUUUUUGGCACCGAACACAGUUUUUGGAAAAGAUGCUUCCGGGACUAGUGGUGAGGGAGAGGUUACUUGGUUUAUCAGACAAAGGGUUGGGAUGAACAAAAUGGGAAAAAUGUUGAAAACAAUGGCAAAUGAUGCUGGAUUACAAGGGAACAAACGAUUAACAAACCACUCUACCCGGAAACAUCUAGUUCAAAAACUGAGGGAGCACAAUGUCCCACCAACGGAUAUUAUGGCAAUAACUGGGCAUAAAAAUGUGCAGUCGAUUAUUAAUUAUUCUUGUGUCAGUGAAGAGCAACAAAAAAAAUGCUCAAACAUACUUGCCUGUCACACUCCACGUGCAAAUAACAUCAGCAGCUCUACCGCCUCUACAUCUCGUAUAGCCCAUACUGCUACCUCUACCACAGACAGUUGUGAUUCCUUCCCUCAAACGUCCAACUGCCCCGAGAUGCAAAAUGUCAAAACACACCACAACCCGAUCAGCUUCCAACAGCAAUUUGCUAGCUCGCUUCAAUCACAAUUUUCCGGAGCAACAUUUCACAUUGCCAACUUCCAUGUUCACAACUACUUUACUCGCAACGAACACGACAAUACACAUAAAUAA